CGUCCCCGCCCGCGCGUCACGUGACGCCACCUCGGCCCCUGAAUCCUGGGUCUAAGCCGAGCUAAAGUGGUUGCCGGCGGCCACUACGAGUGCCACACCAGAGGCUCACCAGGGACGCGAGGGCGAGGCGGGGGACGUCCAUGCGGCCUCUUCCCGAUCGGAGGCCCGCGCUUCCGCCCCACCGUCCGCCGUGCGCGGCUCCCGAAGCGUUUGCAUGCGCUGUCUCACGCGGGGAGGCCCCGGCGACCAUGUAGCGGGUGGGCGUGAGGAAGCCCCGGAGCCUGGGACUAGCUCCGCGCCCUCGGUACGUCGCCUCGCCGCUCUCCUCCGCGUCCCCGCCGCAGCCCGCCGGGCGCUGGGCCCUGCUGGGAACUCCGGCCUCCCGGGGAGACCCGGCCCGAGCGCCGCCAAGUCUCGCCGCGUCUCGCGAGAGUCCAAGUUGAAGGAACAUGGCGACGUCUAAUCUGUUAAAGAAUAAAGGUUCUCUCCAGUUUGAAGACAAGUGGGAUUUCAUGCGUCCAAUUGUUUUGAAACUUUUACGCCAGGAAUCUGUAACAAAACAGCAGUGGUUUGAUCUGUUUUCGGAUGUGCAUGCAGUCUGUCUCUGGGAUGAUAAAGGUUCAUCAAAAAUUCAUCAGGCUUUAAAAGAAGAUAUCCUUGAGUUUAUUAAGCAAGCACAGGCACGUGUACUGAGCCAUCAAGAUGACACAGCUUUGUUAAAGGCAUAUAUUGUUGAAUGGCGAAAAUUCUUCACACAAUGUGACAUAUUACCAAAACCUUUUUGCCAACUAGAGGUUACUUUAAUGGGUAAACAGAGCAGCAAUAAAAAAUCCAAUAUGGAAGAUAGUAUUGUUCGAAAGCUCAUGCUUGACACAUGGAAUGAGUCCAUUUUUUCAAAUAUAAAGAACAGGCUCCAGGAUAGUGCCAUGAAGCUGGUACACGCUGAAAGACUAGGAGAAGCUUUUGAUUCUCAGCUGGUCAUUGGAGUGAGAGAAUCCUAUGUUAACCUUUGUUCUAAUCCUGAGGAUAAACUUCAGAUCUAUAGGGACAAUUUUGAGAAGGCAUAUUUGGAUUCAACAGAGAGAUUUUAUAGAACACAGGCACCCUCAUAUUUACAGCAAAAUGGUGUACAGAAUUACAUGAAAUAUGCAGAUGCUAAAUUAAAAGAAGAAGAAAAACGAGCACUACGUUACUUAGAAACGAGACGAGAAUGUAACUCUGUUGAAGCACUCAUGGAGUGCUGUGUAAAUGCCCUUGUGACUUCAUUUAAAGAGACUAUCUUAGCGGAAUGCCAAGGCAUGAUCAAGAGGAAUGAGACUGAAAAGUUACAUUUAAUGUUUUCAUUGAUGGACAAAGUUCCUAAUGGAAUAGAGCCAAUGUUGAAAGACUUGGAGGAGCACAUCAUUAGUGCUGGCCUGGCAGAUAUGGUAGCAGCUGCUGAAACGAUUACUACUGACUCUGAGAAAUAUGUUGAGCAAUUACUUACACUGUUUAAUAGAUUUAGUAAACUCGUCAAAGAAGCUUUUCAAGAUGAUCCACGAUUUCUUACUGCAAGAGAUAAGGCAUAUAAAGCAGUUGUUAAUGAUGCUACCAUAUUUAAACUUGAAUUACCUUUGAAGCAAAAAGGAGUGGGGUUGAAAACUCAACCUGAAUCAAAAUGUCCCGAGUUGCUUGCCAAUUAUUGUGACAUGUUGCUAAGAAAAACACCAUUAAGCAAAAAACUAACCUCUGAGGAGAUUGAGGCAAAGCUUAAAGAAGUGCUCUUGGUACUCAAAUAUGUACAGAACAAAGAUGUUUUUAUGAGGUAUCACAAAGCUCAUUUGACCCGACGCCUUAUAUUAGACAUCUCUGCUGAUAGUGAGAUUGAAGAGAACAUGGUGGAAUGGCUAAGAGAAGUUGGCAUGCCCGCAGAUUAUGUAAACAAGCUUGCUAGAAUGUUUCAGGACAUCAAAGUAUCUGAAGACUUGAACCAAGCUUUUAAGGAAAUGCACAAAAAUAAUAAGCUAGCUUUACCAGCUGAUUCAGUUAAUAUAAAAAUUCUGAAUGCUGGUGCCUGGUCUAGAAGCUCUGAGAAAGUCUUCGUCUCACUUCCUACUGAACUGGAGGAUUUGAUACCUGAAGUAGAAGAGUUUUAUAAAAAAAAUCAUAGUGGUAGAAAAUUACAUUGGCAUCAUCUCAUGUCAAAUGGAAUUAUAACAUUUAAAAAUGAAGUAGGUCAAUAUGAUUUGGAAGUAACUACGUUCCAGCUGGCUGUGUUAUUUGCAUGGAACCAAAGACCCAGAGAGAAAAUCAGCUUUGAAAACCUAAAACUUGCAACUGAACUCCCUGAUGCUGAACUUAGAAGGACUUUAUGGUCUUUAGUAGCUUUUCCCAAGCUCAAACGACAAGUUUUGCUAUAUGAACCUCAAGUCAGCUCACCCAAAGACUUUACAGAAGGCACUCUCUUCUCAGUGAACCAGGACUUCAGUUUAAUAAAAAAUGCUAAAGUUCAGAAAAGGGGAAAAAUCAACUUGAUUGGCCGCUUGCAGCUCACUACAGAAAGAAUGAGAGAGGAAGAAAAUGAAGGAAUAGUUCAACUAAGAAUAUUAAGAACCCAGGAAGCCAUCAUACAAAUAAUGAAAAUGAGAAAGAAAAUUAGUAAUGCUCAGCUGCAGACUGAAUUAGUAGAAAUCCUGAAAAACAUGUUCUUACCACAGAAGAAAAUGAUAAAAGAGCAAAUCGAGUGGCUGAUCGAGCACAAGUAUAUCCGGAGGGAUGAAUCCGACAUCAACACCUUCAUCUACAUGGCAUAGUUCCACAGCCUGGACCAGAGCCUAGAGUGUGGAGGGCUUGGGCAGAAGGUGGCCCAGUGUGAGCUGGAGAAAGGUUUAUUUGGACUUGGAAUACAUAAAUGUUAAACUCUCUGCCUUACCUUAUAAAAUAACUGUAUUUUGCCAAUCACAUUACUUAGCAUGAUGGCAUUCCCUUCAUGUGCACACUCUUAACAGCAUGCUGUUUUGUGGAGAAAAUUGCAUUCAUGAAGAGCCCAUUAUGAACUUCUCAAAGUCAAUUCAAUUUUUACCCACCAAGAGAAAUACACUUUGGAGGGUGAGGGUGGAGUUCUUGUUGUGCUCCCCCCCCCCUUCUUUUUUCCCCUCUAAAAAAAUUGUACUUUCUCAAGGAAGGAUAUUCAGAUAUUCAUGCACUGAAAAAUGCUUUUAUCUUUUGUUUUUGAAAAAACUAGAUUAAAACCAGAAGUCACACUCUUGGCUUCUUUUGUUAAAGAGUGAACUUGUCAACACGUUGGGAGAGGCAGAUUCUAGCUAGGCAAUAGUAAGUGUUUCAUGGUAUCAAACACUGCUUUUAGUUUAAGAACUGAAGUUUAAUGAGUGCCCUGAAAAGGGUAUUAAAUAUCUCUACCUUACAAAUCUUGAUUUUCAUUAAGCAAGAGACUGCUGUUUAGUUGUUUGAUAAAUGAUAAGGAGUUUGGUUGGUGGGUUUCUUUAAAUUCUUGUAUGGCUGGAGAGCUUGUUUUGAAAAAAGUGAAGUUUAUAAUGAUUGCUGCUUCGGUUGUUAAAAAGUUUAUGGAAAUAGAUAAGUCAUUGGUUGCAGUCAGAGUAGCAAAGCAAACACAUUGUGUUUACUAAUAUGCCUAAAAUUUAUACAACUAAUUUUUAUUAUGCCAUUCUUAAAUUUAUUGAAAAGAAUGCAGAAAUCUCCUGCCCUGACAAUACAGUAAGGGAAUUCCUGUAGCAUAGAAUAAUUUGGUCUUUGAAAGUGUCAGGAUUAGGGAUUUAAAGCCUCUGGUUCCUGGAAAGACAGUCUCUUAAAAAGUAAUAUUUACCAGUCACCUAGGAGAAGGGAAAUGACAACCCAAGACCCGGAAAGCAGACUCAGCGCUAUUAGACUCUAAUAUGAGCAGUAAACUCGCCAAAUAUGUACAUAUAUAUUUAUAUAUUUUAAAAAUAAACAUUUUUAAAAUGUUCAGAAGGCAACACUUACCUGGUUCCUCUCAGUUAAUCCAAAGCAGUGACUUCCUACUUCCCAGAGCAGUGGAAAUUUCAGAACUUGAGGACUUAACUAUUGAAAAGAGAAAAAUUUAUUCCCCGUCAGGAAAAAAUGGCUCAAUGUGGAUUUCUGUUCAUUGUGGUGCACGUUUCAAGUUUUCUUUGAAAUUAUUUUAUAUCUUGAUGUUAAGUAACAUCUUAAAGUAUGAUUUUGGAGCUAGUCGAAAAUGGAGUGUUGAGACACAUACAGUAUUACCCUACCACAGCAGCUUUGAAGAGCACUGUUGCGGAGUCUGCCCCAGCCUCACGAGCUUUGUGAGCUCCCUGCUGGAAAGAAGAAAAGGAAAUGUAAAACAUCGAAGGUUUUGCUAAUUGUAGUCAAACAUCUGUUCUGAAACUAGUAGGAAAAGGAAAUUCAUCUGUAAUUUAAGACCUCACACUGCAACUCUAAGACAGUAAUUAUUAGAACUUACUGUGAAGAGCUAACAGUGCCCGGUUUUCUUCAGUUAGAUGACUGCUCACAAUGGGCACAGUCGGAGUUUAGAAGAAUAAUUUUAUAACAGCCGGGCCCUUCUGUUUAUAGCUUGGUGUCAGCAUGUUUUCAUGUCCCAGUACAAGAAUGCCAAAGGAGGAAACAGUCAAAGGAAAAAUUGUACGCCAUUCCUUAAUGUUUAAGACUUGUCAUUUUAAACCAUAUUUUUUCUCAGAACUUCUUUGAAAUUUCUAAUCUUUUUGGUCAUUUAAGAAUGAGAGCCAUUAUGUUCUGAUUUAUAAAGGCAAAUUUAAUGCAAAGUGGGUAACACUAAAUCCAUAGCAAAGUUUUCUAUUAAAUUUUUAUAAAUUUUUUAAUAGUUAAUUAUGUCCUAAUUGUAUUUUGAGGGAAUGAACAGCAGCGAACACUGUAGACUUUAACAGCUUUCAUCUUUGUUUCAUAUAUAUAUAUAUAAAUUUGCCUACACUUUGGUGUUUAUCAAAACCAUUUAGCUGACAAGGUGCCUAUACCAUUGUUGAGAUUUUCUUUAUAUUUUAGCAAUAGAUUUGCUAAUUCAAGAAAAAAAGAAUUGGAAAUGAAUCUUAAACCUGGAGGUCCAGAAUCACAGUUUUUGCCCUUGGCAGCUCUCUCUCUCCUGUGCAUGUAGCAUGAGCGUGGAACCCGGCACAGGUCAGGGAAAGGAAAACCAAGCCCUCCCACCCCACCACCAGAACCCCAUUUUUUAAAUGAGCAAUGUGUCAGGUGGGAGCAAUGUGUCAGGUGGGUGACUCAAGAAUUCAUUUCCAUUUUGAGCAUUAACCAUCUAAUUUAAAGAUGAAACCCCCUGAAAUGGCCAGAGUAAGUAGAAAUAAAACAAAAUUCCACAGUGAAAACACAGAACACAUUUGAUGCUCAUAAUUAGACAAGUGUGAAACCAUCAUUGUUCCAAAAUUUUUAAUAAGGAUCUGGAACUAAAUUCUGGUCUUCCAAUUUUUACAUUUAUUGAAGGAGGUUCCUGAGUUCAUUGAUGUCCCUUGCUUUUAUUUUGUGCGUAACUAUUAAGAUCUCCAGAAAUGAGCUGUUAGCAUUCUUAUUUUCACUUUUCAUUAAAUUUAAUACAUAAUAUGACCUUAGUAAUUAAGAGGUAUUUUGCAUUAUUUGCAGUAGGAUAUCAUUAGCCCUGCUCCAAGGGCAAAUUUUUAAAAUUCAAUUUGGUGAAAGAUUUGCUAGUUUUACAGAGAGAUUUGCUAUCAUAAACUCAAGCUGGUUUUUCUAUUUUCAUGUAAAUGACUGGGAGGCUGUCAUAAAUUCUUCAAGGUCAUGGUUGUGAGAUACAUAUGAUAUGAGAGUUUUCCUGUCAUCUACAUUAUACAUGGUCUGGAGUGUUGAACAAAGUUGAGUUCCUAAGGUGUAAUCUACCCUCUCGGUCUCUACAGUUUUGAAUGUGUGCCACUACAUACUGAGAUGAUAUCGCUGUGCAAUUUUAAAUGGUAGCAGUUUAUGUAUGCAGUAGGCCAAAAUAUUUUGAUGAACUGCUUAAUUUUUGGAUUUUAUUUUUUAAGUUGUAUAAUUUAUUUUCUUG